GGAAAGGGGGGGAACCUGGGCAGCGGCCGGGCUCUGUGGCUUCAGGGCUCAGGGAGAGAGAGGGAGGGUGGCAAAGAGAGUGAGUCGGUGCCGCCGCCUGCCUGAGGAGAGAGGAAGGGUCCCGCUCGCCCUGCGCCCUUCGCAGGCCGAAAGCACUAGGCACUCGCGAACGUCUGAGGCCUCCCGGCCCCGGGGGACCCCGCCCCGCCGUCCGCCGGCCGGCCCGCGGCCUCUCUUCCCUUUGUGAGCGCCCCCUUACCAGGGGUGGUGUUGGUGGCGGAGGGCUGCGCGUGGGCCCGCCCGCCGAGGGGCCGCGGCGGGGGACCGAGAGGGCCUCGGCUGUGUGAGGACUAGAGGCGGCCGAGGCCCGGGCCGGUUCCCCCGAGGCGGCGACGGCGACGGCUCCUGGCACUUCCCCGCGCCAUCUUAACUGAGCCCAAGCGCUGAGGGCGCCUCCUCGACCCCGGUCGUCCCCUCGCCCCCCCCGCCGCCGCCGCCGCCGCCGCCCCUUGUUGCAGAGCUUGGGCUGGGCGGCUUGCUGGGGCUCGCGGGGGGGGGCGGCGAUCUGUCGCCGGGCCCCCUCCUCCCCCUCACUCCUCACCCUCCAGGGUAGCGGCUACCGGAGCGCUGCAGGGGGCUGCGCCUGCCUGCUCCGCCCCAGACCUGUCGGCGAAAGGUAGUUUAUGCCAACGUGACUUCAUUCAUACAGAUGAACCAAGGAUCGGGAUAGCAGUAUAAAAUUAGAAUCAGACAGCUGACUGCUCAGCAGGAUGCCAUCAACUAACAGAGCAGGCAGCCUGAAGGACCCUGAAAUUGCAGAGCUCUUCUUCAAAGAAGACCCAGAGAAGCUCUUCACAGAUCUCAGAGAAAUUGGCCAUGGAAGCUUUGGAGCAGUGUAUUUUGCACGAGAUGUGCGUACCAAUGAAGUGGUGGCCAUCAAGAAAAUGUCUUAUAGUGGAAAGCAGUCUACUGAGAAAUGGCAGGAUAUUAUUAAGGAAGUCAAGUUUCUACAAAGAAUAAAACAUCCCAACAGUAUAGAAUACAAAGGCUGUUAUUUACGUGAACACACAGCAUGGCUUGUAAUGGAAUAUUGUUUAGGAUCUGCUUCAGAUUUACUAGAAGUUCACAAAAAGCCAUUACAAGAAGUGGAAAUAGCAGCAAUUACACAUGGUGCUCUCCAGGGAUUAGCCUACUUACAUUCUCAUACUAUGAUUCAUAGAGAUAUCAAAGCAGGAAAUAUCCUUCUGACAGAACCAGGCCAGGUGAAACUUGCUGACUUUGGAUCUGCUUCCAUGGCAUCACCUGCCAAUUCCUUUGUGGGAACGCCAUAUUGGAUGGCCCCAGAAGUAAUUUUAGCCAUGGAUGAAGGACAAUAUGAUGGUAAAGUAGAUGUGUGGUCUCUUGGAAUAACAUGUAUUGAACUAGCGGAAAGGAAGCCUCCUUUAUUUAAUAUGAAUGCAAUGAGUGCCUUAUAUCACAUAGCCCAAAAUGAAUCCCCUACACUACAGUCUAAUGAAUGGUCUGAUUAUUUUCGAAACUUUGUAGAUUCUUGCCUCCAGAAAAUCCCUCAAGAUCGACCUACGUCAGAGGAACUUUUAAAGCACAUAUUUGUUCUUCGGGAGCGCCCUGAAACCGUGUUAAUAGAUCUCAUUCAGAGGACAAAGGAUGCAGUAAGAGAGCUGGACAAUCUGCAGUAUCGAAAGAUGAAGAAACUCCUUUUCCAGGAGGCGCAUAACGGACCAGCAGUAGAAGCACAGGAAGAAGAAGAGGAACAAGAUCAUGGUGUUGGCCGGACAGGAACAGUUAAUAGUGUUGGAAGUAAUCAAUCCAUUCCCAGCAUGUCCAUCAGUGCCAGCAGCCAAAGCAGUAGUGUUAACAGUCUUCCAGAUGUCUCAGAUGACAAGAGUGAGCUAGACAUGAUGGAGGGAGACCACACAGUGAUGUCUAACAGUUCUGUUAUCCAUUUAAAACCUGAGGAAGAAAAUUACAGAGAAGAGGGAGAUCCUAGAACAAGAGCAUCAGAUCCACAAUCUCCACCCCAAGUAUCUCGUCACAAAUCACACUAUCGUAAUCGAGAACACUUUGCUACUAUACGGACAGCAUCACUGGUUACAAGGCAAAUGCAAGAACAUGAGCAGGACUCUGAGCUUAGAGAACAAAUGUCUGGCUAUAAGCGAAUGAGGCGACAACAUCAAAAGCAACUGAUGACUCUGGAAAAUAAGCUAAAGGCUGAGAUGGAUGAACAUCGCCUCAGAUUAGACAAAGAUCUUGAAACUCAGCGUAACAAUUUUGCUGCAGAAAUGGAGAAACUUAUCAAGAAACACCAGGCUGCUAUGGAGAAAGAGGCUAAAGUGAUGUCCAAUGAAGAGAAAAAAUUUCAGCAACAUAUUCAGGCCCAACAGAAGAAAGAACUGAAUAGUUUUCUCGAGUCCCAGAAAAGAGAGUAUAAACUUCGAAAAGAGCAGCUUAAAGAGGAGCUAAAUGAAAACCAGAGUACCCCAAAAAAAGAAAAACAGGAGUGGCUUUCAAAGCAGAAGGAGAAUAUACAGCAUUUCCAAGCAGAAGAAGAAGCUAACCUUCUUCGACGUCAAAGACAAUACCUAGAGCUGGAAUGCCGUCGCUUCAAGAGAAGAAUGUUACUUGGGCGUCAUAACUUAGAGCAGGACCUUGUCAGGGAGGAGUUAAACAAAAGACAGACUCAGAAGGACUUGGAGCAUGCCAUGCUACUCCGACAGCACGAAUCUAUGCAAGAACUGGAGUUCCGCCACCUCAACACAAUUCAGAAGAUGCGCUGUGAGUUGAUCAGAUUGCAGCAUCAAACUGAGCUCACUAACCAGCUGGAAUAUAAUAAGCGAAGAGAACGAGAACUAAGACGAAAGCAUGUCAUGGAAGUUCGACAACAGCCUAAGAGUUUGAAGUCUAAAGAACUCCAAAUAAAAAAGCAGUUUCAGGAUACCUGCAAAAUCCAAACCAGACAGUACAAAGCAUUAAGAAAUCACCUGCUGGAGACUACACCAAAGAGUGAGCACAAAGCUGUUCUGAAACGGCUCAAGGAGGAACAGACCCGGAAAUUAGCUAUCUUGGCUGAGCAAUAUGAUCACAGCAUUAAUGAAAUGCUCUCCACACAAGCCCUGCGUUUGGAUGAAGCACAGGAAGCAGAGUGCCAGGUUUUGAAGAUGCAGCUGCAGCAGGAACUGGAGCUGUUGAAUGCAUAUCAGAGCAAAAUCAAGAUGCAAGCUGAGGCACAACAUGAUCGAGAGCUUCGCGAGCUUGAACAGAGGGUCUCCCUCCGGAGGGCACUCUUAGAACAAAAGAUUGAAGAAGAGAUGUUGGCUUUGCAGAAUGAGCGCACAGAACGAAUACGAAGCCUGUUGGAACGUCAAGCCAGAGAGAUUGAAGCUUUUGACUCUGAAAGCAUGAGACUAGGUUUUAGUAAUAUGGUCCUUUCUAAUCUCUCCCCUGAGGCAUUCAGCCACAGCUACCCGGGAGCUUCUGGUUGGUCACACAACCCUACUGGGGGUCCAGGACCUCACUGGGGUCAUCCCAUGGGUGGCCCACCACAAGCUUGGGGCCAUCCAAUGCAAGGUGGACCCCAGCCAUGGGGUCACCCCUCAGGGCCAAUGCAAGGGGUACCUCGAGGUAGCAGUAUGGGAGUCCGCAAUAGCCCCCAGGCUCUGAGGCGGACAGCUUCUGGGGGACGGACGGAGCAGGGCAUGAGCAGAAGCACGAGUGUCACUUCACAAAUAUCCAAUGGGUCACACAUGUCUUAUACAUAACUUAAUAAUUGAGAGUGGCAAUUCCGCUGGAGCUGUCUGCCAAAAGAAACUGCCUACAGACAUCGUCACAGCAGCCUCCUCACUUGGGUACUACAGUGUGGAAGCUGAGUGCAUAUGGUAUAUUUUAUUCAUUUUUGUAAAGUGUUCUGUUUUGUGUUUACUAAUUGGGAUGUCAUAGUACUUGGCUGCCGGGUUUGUUUGUUUUUGGGGAAAUUUUGAAAAGUGGAGUUGAUAUUAAAAAUAAAUGUGUAUGUGUGUACAUAUAUAUACGUACACACAUACACAUAUAUUAUGCAUAUGGUGAAAAGAAUUGGCUAGAUAGGGGAUUUUUCUGAACACUGCAAAAAUAGAACGCAGCAAAAUGGCUUCAGUUAUCACUUUUGGGUGUCUGUAUCCUAAGAAGUUUCUGAAAAGAUCUAAAGCCUUUUUAUCCCAUAUCCCAAAUUCUUAUGAGCCACUCACAGCAGGCAGCAUAUGUUGAAAUAAGUUAUUACUGGUACACACCUGCAUCCCCUCACCAAUGUAUUUAUUUGUUAUUAAAUUGAUCUGACUUCUCAGCCUCAUUUGGACUAAAAAAAGAAAGCAGAAAUCCAUGAACACAUUGCUUCUCGGCCUUUUGGCUAAGAUCAAGUGUAGAAAUCCAUGAACACUAAAGGACUGCAUUGACUUUUUCAGAGAGUAGAAAACAACUUAGUUUUUUUUUUUCCUGAAUGCGUCAUAGGCUUGUGAGUGAUUUUUGUCCAUUCAAUUGUGCCUUCUUUGUAUUACAAUAAGAUGGGGGUACUUAAGGAGAUCACAAGUUGUGUGGGGAUUGCAUUAACAAACCUGUGAGCCUUCAGUGGGGAAGACCAGAAGGGUGAGAGGGGCCCUGAAAGUUCAUAUGGUGGGUAUAUCCCGCAGCAGAGUGAGGAGAUGAAGCUUACAUGUCCUGACGUUUUGUUGCUUAUACUGUGAUAUCUCAUCCUAGCUAAGCUCUAUAAUGCCCAAGACCCCAAACAGUACUUUUACUUUGUACAAAAACAAAGACAUAUAGCUAAUACAAAUCAAAUGCCAGAGGUAUUUGAUGCCAUAUUUGCAAAUUGCCAUCUAUUGAAAUUCUCGUCACACUACAUAGACAUAAUUGUUAUCUCCUUUUGGCUUACGUGAUUUUCUGUUUACAAGUAGAAUAGCCAAUUAUUUAAAUGUUUAGUUGCCACAGUGAACCAGGAGUCACUGAGCCAAUGACUUUACCAGCUGCUGACUAAUCUUCAUCACCACUGUAGAUUUUGCUGCAUGUGCAGGUCCUCUAUUUUUAAUGCUGUUUUCGUUGCUGCAGUACUUUACAAACUUCUAGUUCGUUGAGACUUAGUGACCAUUUGGCAUCAAGUUAACAUCACACAAUAGGAAACACCACUUUGACAAGUCUCAAGCCUCAGUGCUAAAGUACUACUGAAAAGGAACUAGGAAGUUUGGCCAAUUAAAAAAAAAAAGUAAAAGUAAGUUAUAGUGGUCAGGGAAUCUCUUGACGAAAGCUAACUCUUUUUUUUUCAGGGGGCACGUGUUUUGUUUCGUUAUGUUUUGUUGUACAAUGAAGGAUGAACCCAAUGCUAAAAAGUCAGUUAUUUUCUUGGUUUUCCAUUUCUUGUAUAGAAAUUGAGUUGGAGGUGGGUAGGAAGCUGUGAGUAUGACUUGAAGAAAAAUAUCCUUUUCAGUGACAAAUCAGAGUUUCUUACAAGUUAUUGUCCUGCUCCCUUCCAAGUUGUCUUGAAGAAUCCUUGCUGCUAACUCUGGAUCCUGCUUUUCCUAUAGUCAGAGGGCUCCAAGGUAGAACUCUCUAAGUCCCUCUCAGUGGCACUCUUUUCCUAGACCAAACUAAUGACCAAAUAAUAAUCAAUCUAUCACUGUUGAAGUCCUGGUUUUCUCAACCAAAUUUUAAGUCUUUCCCAGGUAUGUCAGUCGAGUUGCCAUGAAUCCUCACCUGUAGGAUUUUCUGAGAUUUAUUUUAAGGAAACUGGAAGAAAAUUAAUGUUUUAAUGUAAAUGUUUUUAAAACCAAGAUCACCAUAGAGUUCACACAAAAUUUUAGGCAGUGUUUCAAGAAGCACUCUUAUGUGUUAUUCUUUCGGCCCCUGCUCCAGGUCACCAGUUUUUAGGUAAACAUGACAUGUACUUGUAAUAUCAGUGAAAGGGGCUUUUAGUCGUCUCAGUAUCUUUUUUGCAUUCAGGUAUUACAGCGUUUCCAACAAAUUGAGAAAUCUACCUAUUUGGUGUAAAAUGAUAAGAGAGAGCCUUAGAAUUUAAUAAAACGUCAAAAAUAUAAUUUGAUACCCUUAAAAAUUAUUCAUAGAUCUGGCUGCUCUGUACUACUGGAUGGGUGGAAUAGGGAAGCAGAUCACUUUUGCAUACAAAACUCUUUCAAACCCAAAAUACUAUUGGUGGUACAUUUUAAAGUCCAAUUGUGGACUUAAAUAAGUCAAAUUGAGAGUUCCUGAGUCCAUUCAGAUCUCCAGUAGGGUUUUGUAUCCGAUGUAUUUGUUUGGCCACCAGUUUUACAUGUAGGUCAUGACUAUACCUGGAUUUUAUCAUUAAGUUAACUUUAAAGUAUAUACAGUUUGCAAAAAAUGAUUCAAAUUAAUUGGUUUGUAUAUGUUUGUGAGAACUAGCUUCUGAGGAAUCUCAUACAUAGUAGGAACCAUCAUAGAGUAAAGCUUGUAGCAGAAAAAUUGGAAAGGUUUUGAGAUAUCCUAGAGAAAGAGCAAGCACUUUCUGAAUCAGUGGACAAAUAUCAAUAUUUGAUCAAAUUAACACUACCUCCUUCCCAGUGUUGGUGUUCACUCACUAUGUCUUUAAGAAAAUUAAAAGUAUGGAAAAUUUGUCUAGCAUAUCAGAAGUUGUAAAUGCUAUAUCUGGUAUCCAGAGGCUGGCUGUAAAAAGUUCCUUGGGGUCACUCUAUCUCCCAUUUUUUUGGUUAGCAUUUUAAAAAUGCAAAGCCACAUACUUUGAAAUAUAUUAUUCCAAAUUGAGCUCCCUUCCCUUUGCACAUAUUUUUCUUCCCCUUAUUGAAGUCAGCUCUAACCCCAAAUUCUAGUAUCCAAAAGUAUUUUUUUUUUUUUUUUUUUUUGAGACGGAGUCUCGCUCUGUCGCCCAGGCUGGAGUGCAGUGGCGCAAUCUCGGCUCACUGCAAGCUCCACCUCCUGGGUUCACGCCAUUCUCCUGCCUCAGCCUCUCCGAGUAGCUGGGACUACAGGCGCCCGCCACCACGCCCGGCUAACUUCUUGUAUUUUUAGUAGAGACGGGGUUUCACCGUGGUCUCGAUCUCCUGACCUCGUGAUCCGCCCGCCUCGGCCUCCCAAAGUGCUGGGAUUACAAGCGUGAGCCACCGCGCCCGGCCCCAAAAGUAUUUUUAUUUGUAUAAUGUUAUCUGAAAAAUGUGUUUACAUUGUAUUUUCAGAGCUGCAAUUCUUAUUCGCCAUUUCAAUACCUAGAGAUAAAGAGUCUUAUAUUUGAAGCCACACACACUGGUGUAAUAUGCUUAGUACUCUAGGUCAAGGAUUUGUUGGUAAAUGGAACAUUUUAGCAUAGUCAUUAUGAUUUUUGGUUGCCUAGACAUCGGUAAACAUUCAGUACACUAAAGAAACUAUCCUGGACACUCCCUCCUGCUUCCACCAAUUUUUUUCUCACCCCCUUUUCAAAAAUUGAAAACUCUAUGAGUGUCUUUUUGAGACCAUAAAGCAGACUUUAGUAACUUUCUAUUUCUGUAAGUACUAAAUGUCUGGCAUUUUAAACUUUUGUAGAAUACAUUGUGUUGGACACUGGAAUAAUACUAUUUAUUUUCACCUGUGAAAAAUGACUUCAUUGUACUUGAAACACCUCCUUUGCAUUUCUCCAUUUGUGCCAUUCACUUGUGGAAAUAAAUUGUAUUAUACCAUGAUCUACUGGCUUUUUAAAACUGUGUUAAAUAUGCACAUUUUUGGUAUAGCUAUUAUCAUUUGUAUGUAUAUAUUGUAUAUACAUAUGAGUGUCUAUAUGUGUGUAUAGAUAGAUGGAUGGAUGUAACUCAUACUGUACAUUUCCCAUCAGGGCACUUAAAGUUCUGUUAUUUUUGUUUGGUUUUGUUAUUUCAGUCCUCAGUUAAGGCAAGAAUGCAUGUGUUUCUUAAGAAUGAGUACUUUGCGUUGAUGUUUAUGAGAAGGUGGUCAUUAGAUGCAGUCUUUUCCUUUUUAAUCCCCUCUUAGCACUUGUGUGAGUGGAGAGGACGUUAAGUAAAAUUUGGAAUCAUAAGUUGCAAUGCAGUAAAAUGGUGCUGGGGAAGGAGCCAGUUAGUGUUUCUGUGAGUUUGUGUUGUGAUGCAGUAAAAGAUAAGUAAUGCAGAGAGAAAUGAACCAUGGAAAGUAAGAACACUGAUGGUGAUUCCUCUGCAAAGAUGAUAAAAAAAAACAAUCACACAAUCUUUAUGUGCUUUCUAUUUGUAUUUCUUAGUAGUGAUACCAUUGAUCCUCUUACUUUUUUUACUCCAUUAAUACUAAUAAUUAUAUACUUUGCUGAGGAUCAAAACAGCCAAGAAAGGAAUUACUGCUAAAGCAUCUAAGAUUCUCCUAAACUGUAAAAUCAACAGGAAAUGGCCACUGGGAGAGAAGGAUUUGGUAUUGGGUGAGGGGCUUUCUCCCUUUACCUGCCUCUUCUUGCUUGCUAAUAGUAAGUUCUUUGUGCACCUUCCACCACUUCUGAGCCACUACUAUUCAAAUAGAGAUUUGCCCCAACACAUUAACUUUUACCUUGGAGAUUUAUAUGGUCCUGCAUUUUGUUCUGUGCUCACAAUGUGAAGUGUCUUCUGUAUUCAAAUCAAAAAAUAAUAUAUUUAAGGUAUAUAAGUGUGAAUCUCCUAUAAUGAUGGACGAAGAGGUUCUCUUGUCUUAGAUAGAAAAGAGCCUUCUCCAAGAGCAAUGUCAAAACUUGGGCUGUCAUCUUUGAGCUGUUUACCAAAAUACAGACCAUUAUUGAAGAAAAACAAAUUAUCUAUUUUGUUUUCCCCCAUCUAACAUGAUAGUGCCCCCAACCAGUUUGUAGCAUUGCCUUUUAAAAGAGACUCACUCACUCUUAGUUUUUAAGAACUGGAAAUUUCCCAUCCUCAGAUUCCUUAAAGGAUGAACAGUUGGCUGUACACUUAGCGGACUUGCCUCCUGUAUGCAAGGACUACUGAUUUGAAGUCUGUUUUGCUGUGUCUGGUUAUGUUGUCUGCACUUUUAUGAAAUCACUACAAUAGGUCUGCAUUGGAAAUGACUAUUAAUUUGUAAAGAAGUAAGUUUUAUUAAACACUGUCUAGAAAGUGAAGCUGAGAACUCUGCCUUUAUUGUGCAUUUAUAUUUUCUGCUGAAUUCUGGUCGUUCCCUUUAAAGUCACGUUGACUAAUGUUUUCCUCCUUGUUCGUAUUCAGAUUUCCAAAAUUUCACUCAUACAAGGGAAGAGACUCCAUUUAGCUUAACAGUAGUCUUUAGAUCAUCAGAAAUAUAUAAAUUAGUAUGCACCUUAUCUGCCUGUUGUGGGUUUCUUAAACUUGCACUUCCUACCCACCCAAAGAUAGAUAUCCUUUAAAGAAAAUAAAGGCAGAGAAUUAAAACUGGGGAGCCAUUUACUAUGUCACCAUCACUGUUAACUGUUUCCCAGCAAUCUAAACUUUUUGAAGUUUCAGAGGUGUAUUUUUUUUUUUUUUGUAUAUAUGUCUGUGUGAUUGUAUUGUUUUGUUUUUAAAUAUACAAGGAAUUCUUUAAAUAGAGAAAAAGGUUAAUCCUCACUGAAACACCAGGAUGCCCACUGGAUAUACUAAUCUGAACAUCUGUAGGUAGUUUGUCAUGAAAAAGUGGAGAGAAGAUGAGACUUUUGAAUGAAUGAAAAAGGGUAUCUUGAUGCCCAGAAUUCCCCCACAAAGUACGGGUAAUUCAACCUGCACAGUUUUCUUUCACUCAAAGUGUUUAGCACUUGUGAGUGAAAAAUCAUGUAAUUAUCUGUAAAUAUGUAGCUAACAAAUUGACCUAGUUUCUGUAUUUUUUUGUUUUUGUACUAAAGUUUAUAGGUCUGUGCCAGCUAGAGAGAAGUUGCUGUCAUUACCAGUUGUGGUCCUAGCAUCUAACCCUGAAACCAUCCUAGGUGACAUUUUUAGAAUUAAUACUUAAGUGUUAAACAGGGGGAAAUGAAGCUUAAUCAUUGGUCAGGUUUGAGAUCUUUUGCAGUGAAAUAAUUUAAUAUAAAUGAUCACAUGUCCUCAAUCAUGAAUGAGGUAGGGAGCCUCUCUCCCCCAGUGGCCAUGUUUACAAAGGUGUGUUUUGUCUAUAAAGUGCAAGUGUUUUAAUGUCUAUGUAAAUUAUGCAGGUGAUAACAUGGUUUGGAACUGUUUAUUGGGCUCUUUAACUGAAUUUUCAAAUGAAAUGAACUAUGCUUAUUGCUGGCACAUUGAUCCCAUUUCUGGAACGUUUUUCCUAUUUCCAGAGUUACAUAUGUUCUUUUGUCAUUACCCAAUUUAACCUCCCUUUCUCUGAUAUGCCUUGUAGCCAGAGUAUUAAAGGCUGAUGAACAUAGACAAGGGAAAUGCAUUUCUUAGAAAUCCGUGAACCCUCAGUUGUAUGCUUUCAGUACUCGUGUUAAUAUGUUUCUAUGGCAACUCUGAGGUCAGUGGUUUAGAAAUGAGAUACCAGUGUUAAUGAAAAGUGUGUGCUCUUUGCUUUUGCAUGGCUUGGCUUAGUAUCCAAGGUAUAUUAGGGCCACUUGAAAGCAUGAAGACCAGUUAUAUAGGGAACAGGUUUCUCUCAGUGGCACAUUUUGCUUUUUCUGAGCCCCAAAUACAUUGCCUGGGCAUGAAUUGCACAUGGUCAUGGACUGAAUUAUGUGACUUUAAAGGAUGUAACUGCCCAACAUUUGCAGAUUCUGGGUGGUCUUUGUGACCAUUUGGCUCGUAUCCAAAAACCCCGGGGCUAUUGGAACCCUUCCAACACUUUUUCCUUUGUCAUAGACAAGUGUAUAUAUAACUUAUCAAGAUAUUGGCUGUUGUGGUGUAUUGCCAGACAGCUCUCUUUUGGUUCCCAUUCCAAAUGUGCUGCUGUCCUUCUUUGCAUUUCACAAUAUCAAAGAAACCACCACCCUUCUUCCUAACAGCAUUUUAUGCCUUUUAUUCCACAUUAAAUGGGAAUUGUGCCUACUUAGGAGUGCCCCUCCAAUUAAUUACAUGUGUCCAAGAAUAAUCCAAGCCAGAGACACAAGGUGGGAAAACAUUUCAAAAAAAAAAAAAAAAAAGUCCUCUUAAGGCCAGUAAUUUAUCUGAAAAGGUAUUUUAUCACUCCUUGACACGUUAUAUAUGAGCCUAUUAGGAGCUGCAGGUGGUUUCAUAGGGUAAAAUCCAAGAAAAGAGAAGGAUGUGUGGGGUUUCUAUUAGAAGAUAAUUUUGUUCUCAUUUUACCUUUUCUUUUAUGAUCCUUCUCUGCUAGAACAGGUUAAUUCUCCAAAUUUGUUUUGUUUUUUUUUUUAUUUUUUAGGGAAAUUUUUGCAAAAGCAAUGGUCGGAUGUAAAUAACAUUUAAAGUAUAGUGCACAUAACUUCCCCGGACUGUUCCAAUCUGAUAAUUUGUAAAUGCUUUAGAGUUUUUUAAAUUAACACUUGUGUUGCUAAAUCCUAUUUAUGUAAGUCUGCUAAAGUUUUUUAGCCCACUUAAAACUUAAGACAACCAUUUAAAUAAUGGAUGGGUUACUAUGAGCAAUUUAGCUUUCAGAACCCCCUUGUUUUAGUAUAUGAAAAAGCCUAAUGCGCAUUAAUGAGGUUGAAGAGACUAUGAGAAAUAUGUAUAGUGUAUAUUUUAAAACAGCUUUGCUUGUAUUGUGAAGAUUUAAAAACAAACUUGAGAUUUUUAACGUAACUAUUAACACAGUUUUAACGUAAGUUAUCCCACUGGGUUUAAGAGCAUCUUGAAUGUAUAAUCCUUUUUGUAACCCAGGUUGGUUUCUACUUUUACCAGUCACCCAAACAUAUUUAUGUUUUUAGUUUUAUAUACUCAUUUCCCUUUGUUUUCCUCAAACAGCAUGAUUUUUUUGCACAUGUAGAAAUUUUUUGAAAGAAAUUAGUACAUCAUUUUCUCUGGAUUUUCUUCACUUCCCUCUUCCUUUCUACUAACCCCUUCCUUAAAGGCCAUAUCACUCCAUUUGCAUUAUUUGUGCAAAUGCCAGGGUUGGUUUUUAUUUUUUAUUUUUGCUAUUUACCUAAAAAAAGAAAAUGCUUCAGUCAAUUGCUUUUUUAUUUAAAAAAAAAAAAAGAAAAGAAAAAAAGCUGUAACCUUAUCAUUUCUGAGUAGACCAUUGAGCGAUGAAUGCACACCUGUAAUAGCCCAGGACCAGCUGUGGUGGCUAAAGGGAAUAUGUUAAUUAAGCAAGAGGUUCUUUUCUAAAAGUGGUAUCUGUUAUCCACAAUGUAUUUCAGUUAUUCCCACAAGUCAGGGGUCCAGAUAAAAUGAGGGUUAUCAGCUAACUGAUAUGCUAUCAUUGAGGUUCAUCAAUGAAUUUGUACAUUUCUAGUUCCCUUUGGUGAAGGGAAAAAUGAUGAUUUUGCAAGACCUAGAUUUUGGCUUGGUUUCUUGCCUCCUUUUUUGGCAGCCUUCAUCUUCUCAUCUCCCAAAUCCCCUGAGCCUGUAGGGUUUUCAUAGUGGACAAAGAACUUGUGGUCUUUUAAAAUUGGGACUGAUAUUUUUUUGAGAGAGUAUCGUGUCGAAAGGGUGAUGUUCUACCACUUUACCAAUAACUAAUUUUAAAUACACAUUGUCCUCUCGAUUUUUGGACCAAACAGACGCUCACAGUGGAGGCUUAUCAAGGGUUGCAUUGGGGAAGAAGCCUCUCCCUCUCUGUCAGCACCAGCUGGUAAAGGUGACUGUACAGAUGUGCAUUUUCCUUUUGGUAUAAAUGGUCCACAGCACUAACUGGUAAGGCUUAUUGUACAGUAUAUUGUCAGUAUUCUUCUGGUUCAGCAUACCUUAUAGUUCAUAUAUAACCUGUAUUAAUUGUAUAGAUUGUGCAUUUAAAGCUGUUACCAAGUUGUCAGAACAUAAGAGCGAAAACAAGGUCAUAUGUAAUAUUUUGUUUGUAAGUAUCCUUUGUAUCAUAGCAAAGGAAAUGUUUAAAAAAAUCAACUGUAAUAAAGUAAUUUUAGUACA